ACUCGUUGAAGAAGAAAUUUAAUUUGCGUGUUAUAUUAAUCGUAUCAAACGUUUAAUACUCGCCAAUGGACAUUGGUUCUUCCUCUCUCAGGGUAUGCCGGAGUCCACGUUUUAAUAGCACGUCCUUCUACAACUUGAUAGUAACCAUCCGGUCGUAUAUUUCCGCAGGUACCGACAUAUCACCCUCCACGUAUCGCAUCGUACGUGAGAUACAUCGGAGACAGUACAUUUUCUUUUCACGGCUAGUAUCUGACCUAAAUUUAAAUACCCAGCAUUUACCUAAUUGUCUUCGUAGACCGCAUUCGUGGCUAUAUAAAGGUUGACGUCGGAGGAACCACCGUUGAAUCGACGUCAACUUCCGAAUUCGGGACGAAGUAGAAGGUUUUGUUCUCCGAUUGAUUUCGUUAUUUUGCUAAAAAUGUUGUCAGUAUUCUAUAUCUUGAGCGUAAUUGCAAUACGCGGAUUAUCAGCCGAGACGCCCGAUCAGAAUCCGAAGAUCGUAGGCGGCAGCGCCGCCAGUGAAGGACAGUUCCCUUAUCAAGUGUCUCUUCGUUAUCAGGAUCAUCAUUUCUGCGGCGGUUCCGUUGUAAACAACCGAUGGAUCCUUACAGCUGCUCAUUGCCUAUCAGGUCUGAACGACAAAAACAUCACCGUCGUAGUGGGCUCGACCACCUUGGACAAGGGUGGCGACAAGUAUACCUCGACGAAGAAAGUAAUGCACCCCGGUUAUAGUCCUACGCUCAUCUGGAACGACAUCGGGCUGAUUCAAGUCGACAAGGAUAUUGUUUUCGGCGACAAUGUACAGCCGAUUGCUCUGUCCACGCACAACUUCAACAAAUCCAAUUAUCCGGCGACGCUGUCCGGUUGGGGCACGACCAAUUAUCCGGGCGAUGCACCGAACGAACUGCAGCAUAUCGAGCUGAUGGUGAUCGAUCAGAAGGAAUGCUUGAACGCCAGCUUUCGCGUCACCAGCAACAAUAUCUGCACGCUCAACAAGAAAGGCGAAGGAGCGUGUCACGGUGACUCCGGCGGUCCUCUGGUGGCCGAUGGCGUGCAGAUCGGAGUAGUGUCCUGGGGAAUACCCUGCGCCAAAGGACGCCCGGACGUAUUCACGCGACCCUCCGCUUAUAUAAAUUGGAUCAACAAAUACAUCAAGUAGGCGAGCUAUUAAUAAGGAAUUAUAGGAUUUCCGCAUCGACGAUGAAUGUUCCUCACGCCGAGAACUGAGUUCUCAUCAACCUCAUACAUACAGACAAACCGAACCGACCGACUACACAAUUUCACUGUCGUAAAUUACUUUAUUGGCGGUGAAAACGAGACUAGCGCUUCAGCAUCGAGAGAAUCGCAAUUUUCCGAAAAACGCGCGUUGGUUGCCGAAUAAAGAAGUUGAUGGUAACCUUAUUUCGUUUAUUAUACCAAAACGUACUUUUGCAAUAAAUGUUCACUGCUUUCAGCGAACUUUUGUAUCCGAAUGACACAGUUCCAAGCUCUCCCACGUGGAUCUAGCAUAAGAGUAGUCACCGUCCCUAGUAAUUAAUCCUCGCAUUAAGGGAAACAGUGCGAAUGCGCAAAAAAAAAGAGACAUAAGGACGUGCCAGUUUAAAUACGGCGCAUGCUUUGUCGCGGCUCAAGCGACAGCUGGUAACGCGAUCUACAUUAGUUGGAUAUUUUACAAUUGCGUGUAAUUGGCAUUAGCAUAAUUUCAACAACGACAGGCCUUAAGCCGCAUCGUGGUAGACCUUCAGAACGGAGGUGAACGAAGUUUCAACGCUUUGCGUAUGUGUAUCCUGAUCUUCGCUUGUAGGUUUGUAGGUUUAGCCAGCGCUGCGUCCGACAAAUUAGUAUAAUCAUUGAUACGCGAGAAAUAUGAAAAAAAAGAAACCGAGAUAUUUGGAAAGACCGAGAAAAAAGAAAGGAAAAAAAAAACCACGACGACCAGCGCGGCCACGACGGGCAAGUCAUGCGCCGUGAACCCGCCGGUUAACGAUCGGCGAAUUUAAGGAACUGGCACGAAAUCUUGGCCGAAGAUUUCGGUCAAGCUCCUAAUGACCCACUUCGAGCGGCGCAUGCUCGCGUUUCAAGCGCGCUUAAGGAUAAGAACGUCGCAGCGCGUCAUCACUGCCGCCGGGCGGCAGCUGGCGGUGGUUUUCGCGCGCGAAGAACAACGCGUCGAAGGAGAGAAGAGCGAGAAAGGCACGGCGCGACGAAGUCCCCCUGGGGUCGUCCUCGAAGAUCCCAGCCAAGAAUGCGGAUCGUCGUGGUACUCCGUACACGUCGAUGGAACUCCGUCCUCGAUGGUCACCGAUGCCGCUCUUUUCCUGGAGUCACCCGAUGACCCGCUCGAGAAACGUCCACAUCUUCCGUCCUCGAGAUUCGAAAGAAGCCCGCUCGCCGUGGGAUCUCUCUUGGAGGCUUGAAGAAGCUCUAGGCAAGUGGCUCCGAUCCUGAACAUCCGUCAGAGAGCUCGGCCGUUGUUGCCCGUGAUCAACCAACACCCGCAAUUGAUCAAACGCAUUUUAUCAGCAAAUUUUAUCAACACGUCUUCAAGAUUAUAAUCUCCCGGCUCGAAGGACGACGAGAGGGGUCAACGUUCACACGUAUCGUGGUCGACCUGAAUCGCGCGCCGCGGUGCCGUCGCGUCGUCCCGGUCGAGCCGGUCAAAUCGCGUGUCGUGUCGCGGCGGCGCGCCGCGUGACCCAAAUUGCGCGACACGCGCGUGCGCGCGACUCUCGUUCCCGAGGGUGUGUUUUCAUCCCCGCUUCGCUCUGCGCGGACAAGUAACGCACACAUUCGCUUUCUUUCAUUAUCUCUCCCCGUCAUCGUCGUCGUCGUCGUUGUUAACCGAAUCAUCGUGGUCGCCGCCUCGCAGUACGAACGACGACAGCUGGUGCUGUGACACCUGCUGCAACCGGAGAGAUCGAUAUCCUCGUCCUUGUGCCGUCCUGAGGCGGGUAACAAAGAGGAUCCACGAGGCAAUCGUUUUCUCGCGAUCAUGUCUUGGACGGCACAACGACGACUCCUGUGAGAGACCUCGAGUUUGUGAUGUGUGGCGCCGUGAACACGAGCUCGACGUUCUCAGGAGGACGUACUCACAUUCAGUGACCGCCGCGGGUAUUGGAAAAUCGAGGGAUUGUUACAUCUUCUACCUGGUUCGCGGAUGUAGCGGAACAAACGGAGCAAAUGAGCGGGAAUAUGAUUGUGUAAAAUCAUUCGUAGCUGAUAACAGGUUCGGAUUCGUGCUGCUGGAAAUAAUCGAGGACCUGCUUUUAUCAAAGGAAGCUU